ACACCCUGCCUGUGCCCGCGACCGGGAAUGAAGCUCUGCCCGGCAUGACCCCCAGGCAGCUCCGAAUCCUUGUUUCAUGCAUGCCACGCAGUCUGCGUCAUGACAGUAGCGUGCCGCUCUCCUGCUGCCAACCCCCGCAGCCGCCCACGCAAGGCACGCCGCUCUUCAACCACACAUACCCGCACCCCCAGCAGCCACCCCCAAGCCCUCCGCCGGCUGCACCUGGCAGCACGUCGCCACCUGCUGAUGACAAAGACAGCAGCAGCAGCAGUAGCAGCAGCAGUAGCAGCAGCGGCAGCGGUGGCGGCAGCGGCAGCGGCAGCAGCGGCAGCAGCAGCAGCAGCGGCAGCGGCGGCGGCGGCGGCGGCGACGCCGCCGCCCCACCACAGGAGCCCGGUCAGCGGCAGCCGAACUCAUCACCGGCUGCGGCUGCUGCUCGCAAGCGGCCAACGGGGCGUGCGGCGGCGGCUGCGGCGGCGGCGGGCACGACUGCUGCCGCCGCUGCAGCGCGGGCGACAGCAAAGGGGAGCGAUGCAGCGCACGAAGCCAUAAGAGGUGGAGCCGGAACAGGAGACCAUAAAGAGGCGGACCAGCAGCUGCAGCACCAGCAGCAGCGGCGGCAGGCGGCGGAGGCGGUGGCGGGGGCGGCGCUGUCAGAUGGUGGCCGCGGCACCGCCGCCCACGCGGACGCCGCCGCCCCGGAUGAGAGGAGUGCGGUGGGCCGGGCCCGUGUGGCCCGUGCGCCCAAGCCCCCUCCUCCCAGGUGGCGGCGGCCGGGGGCGGAGGCGGCUGAAGAGCAGCCGCCUCUGUUCCAGGAGCUGUUCCCGCAGCCGUUUGAGGUGACCUGCCGCGGCCGCCCGGGUGUGUUUGACCCGGCCGCGUUCACCGUGCUGUGCCGCUGCGACGAGUGCGCCGGGCCGCAACAGCCGCAGGUGCAGCAGCAGCAGCAGCAGCAGCAGGAGCAGGAGCUGCCGGUGGAGCAGCGGCAGCAGGGGGGGCAGGGCGAGGAGCAGCAGGUGCCGGGUGGCGACCGCGGCCGCGCCGUGCUGCUGACGCCCAAUGGGUGGGAGGCGCACUGCGGCUCCAGGAACAAGAAGUGGCACCAGUCGGUGGUGAUUGUGCCCGGCGGCGGUGUGCCGGAGCUGCCUGCCGGGCAGAAGCCGCUUAGCAUCCUGACCUUCCUGACGCGCCGCUGCCUGCGAGUGGGUGUACACGCCACCGCCGCACCGGGCGCCAUGUACCUGACGUGGCUGGACGAGCAGCAGCAGCCACAGCCGCCACGGCGGCGGCGCUAGCUAACGAGCAGUUGGGCAGUAGCGCUUGUGGACAAUAAUAGCAUGAGCAAUAUCAUAGGCGUGGUGUGUGGGCAACUGUGCCAUACGGAGCAAGCGAGCCGCCGAGCCCGCAACACUGUGCAGCCAUUGCUAUGAACCACGAGUUUCCUACUGAGUGUUGAUUGCUGUCGAAUGUCGAUGGCUCUUGUUUACUUUCAACCCGUUUGCAGUGCCAUACCGCGCAUGUGUGUGCAUUGAUGUUGGGUUGUGUGUCUCUGUGUGUGUCUGUGCGUGUGUGUGCCGUUGCCGUACAUUGGCACAUUGGACAAGGCGUCUGCUGAGGGCCUGCUGACGACCCCAUGCCAAA